GUGGAGAGUCCACUCCGUCUUGCCCAUGGAUUGAGAAGCAGACAGGACAGGACGGGCCAGCCGGCAUGAGAUACUGCAGCGAUGAAGCAGCGGACCAGGUGCCCAUGGACUGCCUCCAGGAGCAGGACGCGGCCACGGUGUACAAUGGUGCGGGCAUCCCCGGCAGCGCCGCCAGCCCACCCGUCCACUUCUACCGCCCCAACCUCGCCAGGACCAGCCUACAGGGAGACGUCUACAACUUCCUCGAGAGACCCAGCGGCUGGAAAUGUUUCUCGUACCACUUCUCCGUAUUCUUGAUGGUGUUGGUUUGUUUGAUAUUCAGUGUGCUAUCUACCAUAGACCAUUAUGCUGAUUUUGCGACAGGAACUCUCUUUUGGAUGGAAAUCGUGCUGGUGGUAUUCUUCGGGGUAGAGUACAUAGUCCGCCUGUGGGCCGCAGGGUGCAGGAGUAAAUACGUUGGUGUUAAAGGAAGGAUCCGGUUUGCCAGGAAACCCAUUUCAAUUAUCGAUCUGAUUGUCGUGAUUGCAUCGAUCAUAGUGCUCAGUGUUGGGUCAAAUGGACAAGUGUUUGCAACGUCUGCUAUCAGGGGUAUCCGCUUUCUUCAGAUCUUACGGAUGCUACACGUGGAUCGCCAAGGCGGUACCUGGAGGCUUCUGGGAUCGGUUGUGUUCAUUCAUCGCCAGGAACUCAUCACCACACUCUACAUAGGGUUUUUGGGCCUGAUAUUUUCUUCCUAUUUCGUGUAUCUGGCUGAGAAAGAUGCCGUGGAUGAGAAAGGGAUGACUGGCUUUGGAAGUUAUGCCGAUGCAUUAUGGUGGGGAGUGGUAACAGUUACAACGAUUGGAUAUGGUGACAAAGUUCCACAGACGUGGAUUGGAAAGACCAUAGCUUCUUGUUUCUCUGUGUUUGCCAUAUCUUUCUUUGCACUUCCAGCCGGUAUACUGGGAUCUGGAUUUGCUCUUAAAGUUCAACAGAAACAGCGUCAGAAGCACUUCAGUCGACAGAUACCUGCUGCAGCCUCUCUCAUUCAGACCUUAUGGAGAUGUUAUGCUGCAGAGAAGACCCAUAACUCCACUGCUACAUGGAAGAUGUAUGUCAUGCCCCCAGGUCACUCUUCCAAAAUUACAGCCACAUCAUCAAGUCCACAUGUGAGAAAACAGCUCAAGAAAUAUAAACGGAAAUGCAAAGCAGGGCAUGAUAAUGAAACUGCGUUCAUGGUAAACAGCGGUGAACACACACUGACAAUACCACGGAUCACCUUCGACCACGUCGAUGAGAAGGAAGACAAGAAAGAGGUCACUUUUUAUAUUGAUGACACAGCAGUGAGAAAACCUGCGAUUGAAGGUAGCCCGAAUGAUAUUUCACGGACCAGUAGUCUGGCUGACGGAAUGGAUUUGAUGGGUGAAGAAUCGGCACUGCCUGUGGUGACAGAUGUGUUACACUGCUGGUGCAUCUGCAAUCACAGCUUGCUGCAUCAAAGAGACGUUGAUGACAAGACCACACUUCACCAUGUCUGCUCUGCCCCCUCAGGGCCCGCCUAA